CUAGACGCUCCUCCUGCUCGAGAAUAACACGGCCCCUCUGACACAAACAUGCACGCACUGACCAAAAAAAAAAAAAAACUAUCUCAGCAGACCAGCACUAAGCACUAAGGGACAAUGUUGUCUGGACAUUGCAGCUCUUCUGUUAUCUUAUCACUUCCACUGUGGCUGUCAUCUGAGUGAGGGAAUUGGGAAUAGAAGAAACUGUUCUAUUAAUAGCUGGCCGGUGGACUGAGCGGAUGGAUAGAGGAAUGGAAAACUGAGGAAAAUGACUCAAACACAUUCUGCAAAAUCUUUUUAAGACAUACAACAAGGAGGACAUCACCUCACAGUUCUUGUGAUUCUCUUCAGUGCACGCAGUGUGAACUUUGUUUUGGGAUGUUCUAACUAAGCUGCCAAGUGAACAUUUCCCUUUGGCAGACCUCUCUCUCUAGUGUUUUCUCGCCUUGCCCCACACGGUCCUCCACAUACAAGUUCUCCGUGCUAGUGGUGAGCUUUGGUUAAAGUAGCUUAAUGUGGAUUGCCAAGCGAUGGAAUGUAGUACGUCAGCUGUACAAGUUCAGGAAACUUUCCAACUGAGGAGACCUUCACAGUUUUGGAGCUGUCUCUCUAUCUCAAACCCUGUUUUCCAGCAAAAGAGUCUCAGACGAUUAGGCUGAACUUGUCUUUUUGUGGAUUUUCUCUUAGAACUCAAUAUGCGUCGUUUUGACAAGCUCAAAAAAUCAUUUCCAUUUCUUGCUCAUUUUCAUGUCUACAGAAAGUUGGGCAGCAGUAUGCAGUGUGAAGAGGGCACUGAGUGGCUGCUGGAGCUGCUGAUGGAAGUUCAACUGCAGCAGUAUUUCCUGCGCAUCCGUGAUGAGCUCAACGUUACACGUCUCUCUCACUUUGACUAUGUGAAGAAUGAGGACCUGGAGAAGAUUGGUAUGGGCCGGCCUGGUGAGUCUUACCAAGGGCAAAGACGGCUGUGGGAGGUGGUAAAGAGGAGGAAAACCAUGUGCAAGCGCAAGUCAUGGAUGAGCAAGGUGUUCAGUGGCAAGAGACCAGAAGGAGACUUCAGUCCCCAGCCAGCCAGUACGUUCAGAAAACUCACCACCACACCUCCUCCAGUGGACGGCCAGCAGCAGGCCCUCACCUGUCUCAUUAGUGAGAAAGACCUGACCCUAUUUGAGAAACUGGGCGAUGGCUCCUUUGGCGUUGUGAAGCGCGGAGAGUGGUUUACGCCAAAUGGAAAAGUGCUCAAUGUGGCAGUGAAGUGUCUGAAGACAGACGUGCUCAACCAACCAGAUGCUCUGGAUGACUUCAUCUGUGAGGUCAAUGCCAUGCACUCUCUUGACCACCAGAACCUCAUCCGUCUCUACGGAGUCGUCCUCACACACCCCAUGAAGAUGGUGACUGAGCUUGCACCUCUCGGCUCAAUGCUGGAUCGCUUGCGAAAGACCCUGGGCCAUUUCCUCAUUUCCACCUUGUGUCAGUACACCAUCCAGAUAUCCAAUGGCAUGGCCUACCUAGAGUCCAAGCGCUUCAUCCACCGAGACUUGGCCGCCAGAAACAUCCUCCUGGCUUCCAGUGAGCAGAUCAAAAUCGGUGACUUCGGACUGAUGAGGGCGCUGCCUAAGAAUGAUGACCAUUACGUCAUGCAAGAGCAUCGCAAAGUCCCAUUUGCCUGGUGUGCCCCAGAAAGCUUGAAGACACGCACGUUUUCACACGCAACAGACACAUGGAUGUUUGGUGUGACACUGUGGGAAAUGUUUACCUAUGGUCAGGAGCCAUGGCUGGGUCUAAAUGGUAGUCAGAUCCUCCACAAAAUAGACAAGGAGGGUGAAAGACUUCCUAAGCCCGAGGACUGUCCUCAGGACAUCUAUAAUGUCAUGAUGCAGUGCUGGGCUCAGAAACCAGAUGACAGGCCCACCUUCGUUGCUCUAAGGGAAUUUCUAGUGGAGACCAUGCCUACAGACAUGAGGGCCCUGCAAGACUUUGAUGAACAUGACAAGCUUCAAAUCCAGAUGAAUGAUGUCAUUACCAUCAUAGAGGGCAGGGCAGAGAACUACUGGUGGAGAGGUCAGAAUAAGCGUACCCUGAAGGUUGGUCAGUUUCCCAGGAACACCGUCACGUCAGUGGCAGGUCUUUCUGCCCAUGACAUAAGCCGUCCACUGAAGAACAGCUUAAUUCACACUGGCCAUGGAGACAGUGACCCUCACCGCUGCUGGGGCUUUCCUGACAGGAUCGAUGAUCUUUAUCUUGGGAAUCCCAUGGAUCCUCCAGAUGUGCUGGGGCUGGAGCUGAACUCUGCCAGACCAACUCAACUCCCUGGACGUGUUAAGAAACCUUCCUACGAUGCUGUUUCUGAGGAUGAGGACCAGACUUCAUUAGGCCUUCGGCGGACGCUAUCUUUGAAGAAGAAGGGCCUUAAGCUCAAACCAGCUGCCUUGGUCUGUGCUACCAAAUUAGGUGAUUGCUCCACAUACAAUGUGCAGACUCCAGGGGGCAGCACUCCCACAGAAGUAUCUCUUAUAGACUUUGGAGAAGAGUUUCCAUCGGCCACACCUUCACCCUCUCCUGUGGUGGAGCUUCAGAUCCCAACCCUGGCUAAAAUGGCACUUGAAGCAGAGAACAUUUUAGACAGAACUCCUCCACAGAGCCCCGCACGCUCUCUUCCCCGCCCCCUUCACCCUACCCCAGUGGUGGACUGGGAUGCCCGGCCUCUCCCUCCACCCCCAGCCUAUGAUGAUGUAGCACAAGAUGAGGAUGACUUUGAAGUGAGCUCCAUCAACAGUGCAGAACGAGGAGCUGAUGAACUAUGCUUUCCACAUAUGUCCUGUACUCCUACUGGAGAGUGUAAGCCUCAUGUAGAAGACAAUUUAUUUUUGCCCUGUAGGCAGAGCAAUGCCAGCACCUUCUCUCAGUCUGCUGAGAUCUUCCAAGAGCUGCAGCAGGAGUGUAUGAGGCACCUCAAUGUACCUGUGAGCUCUACCAGCCCCAGUUUGGAGCCACACUGCCAGAUAGUCCUAACGUUUUCUGAGGACAAACCACAGAUACCACCACGUAUUCCCAUACCACCCCGUCCAGUCAAACGUGCAGGUGGUGAUUAUGCUCGCUGGUCUGGUGAGCUUUCUCCAAUCUCUGGAAAUGAGGAAGAUAAGGCGCGUCCACCCCAAAUUCCCCCUCGAGAUCCACUCUCUCAGACAGGGUCUCGUACGCCAAGUCCGCACGUGGGCUCCCCUCAGACUCGCAGCAGCCUCUGCUCAGGUUCUUCCAUCUAUGGCCCAUCCUACCUCUCCACUUCACCUGCUAAACUAAUGCCAACCACUCAGAGCUUUGCCUCCGAUCCCAAAUAUGCUGCUCCCAAGGUCAUCCAGGCACAGGGCAAAGAUAAGGAGCUAGGCAAAGGGCCCUGCAUUCUGCCUAUUGUACGUGAUGGCAAGAAGGUCAGCAACACGCACUACUACCUCCUGCCUGAGAGGCCUCCGUAUCUGGACCACUUCGAUAAGUUCUUCAAAGAGGCAGAGAGUGGUGAGGAAAAGAAGCAGGUAAACACAGCCACUGUCAAGCCCAUGGUUCAUCAACAAGGGGAUCUCAAGUACAAUUUCUCCUCCAAUAACAACAGCAGUCUGACGGGCUCUGGAUUUAGAGGGGGGCUGAAGAACUCUCUCAGCCUGUGCCGAGUAACCUCUGCUGGCUCAUUUAACAGCACCAGCAACCAUGACAAAGUCAAACUGGUGCAGGAGGCUGUGCAUGGAGUAACGAUUGAAGAAUGUCAGACGGCUUUACAGAAUCACAGCUGGAAUGUACAGAAGGCUGUACACUACUUGAAGGUGGAGCAGCUCUUCUGCUUGGGCCUGAAGACAAGGGUGGAGUGUCAUAAGAUUCUGGAGAUGUGUGACUGGAAUCUGGAGUUAGCCAGCACACAACUGUUAGAUUCCUAUGGCUCAAUGAAGCUGAGACAAUGAUGCAUUGGAAAAGCCCCUUGCCCUAAAAGAAUGUUGAGAACACUGAGGGGACUUGGUGGGCCAACCAGGACUUUAUCAUAUCACAUUUUACCUCCAGAUCUGAUGUGUGUGUGUGUGUGUGUGAGAGAGAGAGAGUGUGUGUGUCCAUACAUGAGGCAGUGACUGUGCUCCUCCUGAAAUCUUUCUCUAGGGUGCAAUACAGAGUAAAAAUUAAAAAGUAAAAAUUUAAAGAAACUGCUUUUUAUUUUCCAGUUGAUAGCAACAGAUGGAAAACAAGGUGCUGCUUGUGAUUUUUCAUUGUAAUUUUACAAACAAGAGGUGAAAACAGGCUAAAGAAAGCCUCUAAGGAUUUAUAUAUAUUUUCAGAUGUUUUGGUUAUACAUAUGCAUCUGAUUUGAGUUGGUCUUUAUCAGAUAUUUGUCAGUUUUACAUUUGCCUUUUUAAUUUAAUCUGUUUUGUGUGGGUCACCUGUAACAGUAAGAAUUCUUGACCUAGUUCAGAUGUUGUAUAUAUGUUGAAUUUAUGUAUAUGUAAAAAACCUUAAUGUUGAACUGUCAGCUUUGUCACCCAUUUUGACAUAUACUUAAGACCCUCUCUCUUCCAUGUUUGGUUUUAUUACUUUUGUACUUUGCUCACAAAUCACUAUGAAUCACUCUUUCUAAGCCAACUGAAUUUGCUGGAUUUAUCAGUAAAGUCACAAAACUGUUUUUAUGUUGAUUUGCACAAUGCUGCUUCCAAUCUUAAUGUAAAACCAAAAUCUUGA